AUGAAGGGCCUGGGUCCAACUCUGAACUUAACAGCAGCGGUGGGCAGGUACCUCGAGCUUUCUAAGUCCGAGUCAGAAGGAAGCGUGAAACGCAGGGGACCUCGGCGCAUCUCCCGCCUGCGGCUGACCUGCGGACUUCCUGUGGGCAGAGACAGCUCCUUGCAAAGCAAACAGCUCCGCACUCUGCAUGGAAAGACUUAUCUACCUCCUCAGUCCACUCUGCAGGCAUCAGACUCCCUGAGAGUCACGGAGACAGAGAAUCAGACUCAGCCUAUAAGCACAGAGCUGACCUUUAAACCCCAGCCUCUAAUAGAGCACUCCGUGUUUGCUCAAGCGUUCCAGCCCGCCUCCCCUGCCCUCACCCCAGCGCUCCGGGUCAUCACGGACGGCGCAGCGGGCAUCCUGCGCUGCAGGCGCCUGCUCACCAGCAUUCCGUCUUACACCCGACAGCGCAUCCACCUGGACGCUACUGUCUCCAUCCGUCCCACUCUCUCCCCCGCUGCGUGCGCACGUCCACCCUCGGACACCACUUUGAAAGAAGAGCUGGGACUAUCUGGAAGCUCCAAGAAGCCUUCAGAGUCGUGA